GACGCGGACGCACAGCAAAAUAAAAAAGAAGGGGGGAGGAAAAUAACCGAAAACACCGCGUAAUAAAUGCUACAAAUAGCGACCUCGGCUCUACUCAUCGUGCAGAAUAGGAUUUAAAAAAAAACCCACGGUAUUUCCCUAUUGCCAAUUAUCAAUGGUGGGUAUGCGACGGCGAGGCUUAUAGGGUUAGGGCGUCAAAGCGCCUUGUUAGCGGUGGAGCAGCAGGCAGCCCGUGUCGCUGAGAGACAAGGGGAGGAGAGAGGGCAGCCCACGCUCAAGACAACACUCGCUCUCUCCCUCUCCCCUCCCUCUCUCCCCUUCCUCUCUCUCUCCCUCGACCGCUCUCUCCCCUCUCUCUCUCUCCCGGGUAGCGCUUCCUCUCCCCUUUAAGCCGCUCGUAAUUAUGAGCACAGAGCCGAUAGAUGCUUGCGGAGCUGCAGAGAACGGGGAAUUUACCGCACAUUUUGCCCAACCGCGAUGCGUUCUUCGUCUGAGAGAGUAUUUUGCCGCGUAGGCUAGGGUGUUUGACCAAGCCAAGCGCCAUGGUCGUAUCUCAAGCUCUCUCCGUCCUCAACGACACCCUGGGAACGGGCAAUUCCUCGGGUUGGCUCAACGGCACGGCGCCUCAGCCUUCGCACCGCUACAACUUCUACGCGAUGCUCCUCACGCUGCUCAUAUGCCUCAUCGUCUUCGGCAACGUCCUCGUCUGCAUCGCCGUCUCGCGUGAAAAGUCGCUCCAAACCACCACCAACUAUCUCAUCGUCAGCUUGGCCGUCGCCGAUCUGCUCGUGGCGACGCUGGUCAUGCCCUGGGUGGUCUACCUGGAGGUGGUGGGCGAGUGGAGGUUCAGCAGGGUCCACUGUGACAUCUUCGUCACGCUCGACGUCAUGAUGUGCACGGCCAGCAUUCUCAACCUUUGCGCCAUUAGCAUCGACAGAUACACAGCUGUCGCGAUGCCCGUGCUCUACAACACCCGCUACCGGUCUCGACGGAGAGUGGGUGUGAUGAUCUCUGUGGUUUGGGUCCUGUCCUUUGCUGUGUCGUGCCCUCUUCUCUUUGGCUUGAACAACACUGCCACGCGCGAUGACGACGCCUGCGUGAUUGCCAACCCCGCCUUCGUGCUCUACUCGUCCAUCGUGUCCUUCUACGUGCCCUUCAUCGUCACGCUGCUCGUCUACGUGCAGAUCUACGUGGUCCUGCGCAAGCGGCGCAAAAGGGUCAACGCCAAGCGCGGCGGCUGCAUCAAGCCCACUGGCGAACACCACGUGCGCCGCCAGGGCCAGGUAAAAUGCACUCAUCCUGAAGAUGUCAAGCUUUGCACAAUCGUCUGUGCUAACAACGGCAACUUUGCCUCCUCAAAGAAAAAUGUCGAAGAACUUGCUCAACCUGAAGAGAUGGAGCUCGAGUCAUACAUGUCCCCACCACUCUCUCGAAAAGCAAAAAAAUCCCUUGUGGGCAAGAGCAUCAAACAGCUGCACCAGCAGCAGCAGCAACCGGCGAGCCAGCAACACUCGCUCGGCCACCACCAGCAGCAGCGCCUUGUGGCCCCCGCUCCGCCCUCGUACCGCCACGACACGCUGGCCGAGGAAACCGACGUCGCCCCCGCGGACGGAGCCUCGCUGGAGGCCGACGGCGAGCGAGUCAACGGCGCCCAGCCGAAGGGCGACCAGCUCAACGGCGGCCGCCCCCACGGCGGCGAUCGGCCCGACGGGGAGAGGCCCGACGGCGGCCAAGCUUGCCGCAACGUCCUCAAGGUGGCGUUCGAAACGCAGCAGCUGCCCAACGGUCAGAUGCGCACUUCCCUCAAGGUGGUGGCGGCCAAUCGGAAUUUUUCGCAACAGAGAGAGAAGAAAGCGACUCAGAUGCUGGCCAUCGUGCUGGGGGUCUUUAUCGUCUGCUGGAUGCCCUUCUUCAUCACCCACAUCCUCAAUGUCCACUGCAAGACUUGUUACAUUCCGCCAGCCCUGUACAGCGCGACCACCUGGCUGGGAUACGUGAACAGCGCGGUCAACCCCAUCAUCUACACCACCUUUAACAUAGAGUUCCGCAAGGCCUUCAUUAAGAUCCUGCACUGCUGAUGUUAUUCCCAGCCAGGGCUGUCCCCUUGGUCCUCUGGCGCAACGAUCAACCCGCAAAGUUAACGAAUGGAGAGACAAUAACGCGUGCAAGAAAGUGGCUUAGAGUGGAAACAUUACAAAAGAGUGUAAGAAAAACAAUGAAGGAAAAUAUUAUUCGGCAAAUGUAACGGCCGUGCUGCGUUCAAAUUCACUCUCUCGAUAUAGACUAGAAGUCACGUGAUUAUUUUUGUACACCCGGUUUUGACUUGACACUGACUGGAUUAAAUAAAUAAAUAAACAGCAGAAAUGCAGGCUAUCAGAUUAUACUGACGUUUUGCACACCGAGUGGAUUGUAAAUAUUUCUUCGGAUUGAAUGUGCAAACCCCAUAGUAUUUGCGCUGGUCUACUCUCCGAAACAGUUUAAAGGAAAUAUAUAAAGGAAACACUUUGAUCAUUUGUGCACACAUUCAUCAGCUUUGCUCAUGGCACAGAGAAAAGUGUACCGCGUGGAGUUUCAAAAGAAUGGUUAUAGACGUAUUUUUACUUUAUUUGACAAAUGAUUUUUGGUGUCGAUAUUAAAAAAAAGUCAAAUUCA